GAUGGAUGGAUUGUAGUGGGAAUGUCGCUUCCCCUCAGCCUGUUAGGCCUUUGCACAGCCACCCACUGUCAGUCGAGCGCUUCUCGCGUUUUCCCUCUGUCUCCGUUUCUGUCUUUUCCCAACGGACACCCUAUUCAAACUGCCAUAUAGCUGCAUCAGUCGGACUCGCAAACUUUCUUCGGGAUCUCAAGUCCCUCGUAGUGAACCUCCCCACCACGACCUUGUGCUUUGCCGUCUUGGAGUCAUGUCCGUCGCCAACCUGGCACUGAGGCUGCUGCAACGCCUACCCGCAGGCCACCUGAGCCUUUCGGCGGAACAGGGUGAACAGCUAGUCACCAGGCUUCUGGGAGCUCGAUGCUGCCCUCGGUGCGUUUUCCGUUACUUGGGAGUUCGCGACAGAACGACGCAUGUCAAUUUGCUGGACUUGACAAAGGAGUGGACCUCUGCGAAACGAUCCUCGGAGUCUGCGGUUUUCCCCAGUGUGCAAGCGAGGCAUCUUGCAGAGCCAAAGUCAGAACUGAAUACUGCGUCGCUGGGAAAGCCCGACAAAGUGCCUGAGACUACAAGCGAGACGCCCGAGGGGAAUGACGCAGGGCACCAAGCGAAGAAGGCGAAGGUGGAAAAGGAGGAUGGGACGGUCCUGCCAGUAAACACACGGACGGACCAGGAAUUUGCUGACGAGCCUUCCUUUGCAGAGGAAGCGGCAGUUGCACCGGAACCUACGCCAUCUCAGAUCUGCUCGGCUUGUCUAGGGCUCCUGCAUCAUGACCACCAGGCCGUAGCUCAGAAAGCCUACGAUAUGCAAAGAAACGAGAACUAUGAACUAUCGGCUACCAACCAAACGUUUGUGCUGAGCAUGCGACUCCCAACACAACUCGCGAUACGACAGAAAUCGUAUGUGCUUUACGUGAGACAUCUUGAACAGGAACUUGGAACGUCGGACGUGAUCUUCCCGGAUGUGGAGGUGAAGGAGGUUCUAAGGAUGCUUCUAGCGAAUGCGUACAGCCAGCUAUCGGGGUUAAUGUUCGAUCAAGUGAGCCCGUUCAGCGUCAUCGUACAUUUGGAGCAUAAGGAGACGGCCCAGGAGUACAAGUUCUUGACCAAGAUACCGGAAGCAGGACUGAAAGUCAAGACAACACGGCAGAAGGGCCAAAUCGUCGUUCAUGGUAUCUCAUUCGAGAAGAUCAUCAAAGCUGUCGAAGACCUCACUUAUGAGCAUUUCGCAAGCGCGUCCAUGUGCCCUCCACCAGCGGUCAAGACUCUGCCAGUUGUCGUGGGCACCGAACUCAACCACUCGCAAAUCUAUGUCGCUGGCCGAUAUCUGAAAUUGCGUCGUCACAUCUCCAACUCCCCUUGGGUCAUCAAAGGCGAACGUCUAGCAGAGCAUUCCGUGGAAGAGUUUGUCGCCGAGAAAGUGGAUGAGUUCUUCAGGACGGACGGGCAUAAGUUCUACUCGUCCGGCCGGGAAGAUUCCGACGUGCUCAUGUUGGGGAAGGGCAGGCCGUACUAUCUGGAACUGUUGAACCCGAGACGCAUUGACGCUACUAAGGAGGAGAUGAAAGCGUUGGAGGACGCUAUAAACGAGGCUGCGAAGGGAUUGGUGGGGGCACGGCAUAUGCAGAUUGUCACCAAGGAGGAUACCAAGGAGUUGAAGGAUGCUGCGAACACAAAGUCCAAGAGUUACUCGACGCUUGUGAAGCUCGCGUCCCCCGUCACCAUCGAACAACUGCAAGAGCUGUCCAAAACAACAAACCUGGAAGUCAAACAGCAAAACCCGACACGUGUACCACGCCGGGCCGACCUCCUCCGCGACAAGCUCAUCGAAACCCUCCACGUCUACCCCGCCUCCUCCGCCGACGGACCCCUCUCCGAUACACCCACCACGACAGACGAAGUGCGCGUGGACCUGCGUACCAGCGCGGGUACCUACGUCAAGGAAUUCAUGCAUGGCGAUAACGGACGGACGAACCCGAGCUUGAAGGAUUUGUUGGGCGUGGAGUGGGCGAAGGUGCUGGAGUUGGAUGUUUUGGAGGUGCAUUUGGAUUGGCCGAGGGAUGAGUAGGCGGACGUGGACUCGAAUGACAAUGCGCAUGAGGGCUAGGGAAAGGUUCACGCAAGUCUCUACCCAUCAACUGUCGAUGGUAGAUAGAGGCCUGCCAUGAUUUGUGACGGAGAAACAGGGAUUCCGGGGCGCCUGAGAAACGGCUGGAGUGGGGACGUGAUGUAGAAGUACUGUAAGUAGAGUUGCCGGGGGU